UAAAACAUCGCCAAUAACAACCAACAACGAAUGCGAAUAUACACACCUGAUGUGUUGUUUGAUGCGACGACAGCUAGCCGAGAAGGGUAUUGGUUUGUUUCUCCCGAAAUGACUGUUCAAUACGUCCCAAGAGCUUGUCCGAUUCGGUUCAACGGAAGCAUCCCUCCGCGGUGGAACUCUCAAGCAACUCAUCAGUUUUCCACCAUCAUACGAGAAAAGCAGACAGUGAAGACGACAGGAGAAGAUUGCUUGCACCCGCUUAGAAAGGGGGUGGUGACUGUUCAUUUCACGCAGAACAAAGUUGUCGAAAAGAUUACUGGCGUGGAAAACCAGGUGAAGUGAUUGUAUACGGUGACCUUAGGAAGCUACGUUUCCUGAAAUGGUGCUAUUUUAACUCAAAUCUAAGUGUGAUUUUUAUACUAAAGUGUAUGAUCUUUAAUGUUCUUGCUCACCGUGGAGUAGUGUUGCACAUUUUGGAAACUUUUUAAAGGGGUUUUGAGUGUUUAUAAAAAGAAGCCCAUUUCAAAAUUACAAACUUACUAAACUUUACGUAAGAGCACAAAGCACCGCUAAAAACCCACAAUAAACUUGAUUGUAUCACACAGUUAGUCAUUUUGACGUAGUGCAGACCAGUAUCACUUGUGUGGAAAUUCGUCUUAGUGACAGUGUUAUUACAUAAAGGAUAGAUGUAAAGCGUCACAUCCGCGGAGAAAUUAGGCCAUUUGCGGAGGUCGAGUCAAUGAAAUCGAGGAUUUAGUUCAGUGAAAAAUCAUUGAGUGAGUGUAUCUUUCAAAAGAGGAAAAAGAAAUCUGCGUUCUGGUUUCCUUUCCCACAAAGAGAACAAAAGAACAAAAUACCACGAAAUCCAUCAGACGACGAAGAAAAAUUACUUAUUUACCAGCAACGAAGGAACAACUGCGGCUGUUUUGUUGAUACAGAACGAGAGCUGUAGAACACAAAGUGAUUCACGACGUCAGCUGUCUGCCUCCCGUUUUGGUGGCGUGUGUAUAUUGCGGCGGUCGGUACUCGAAGAUUAUUGACCUCCACGGAUACCAGUGCAUGUAGUAAAACGCGGAAAAGCUCGGAUAUAUAGUGACUAGCGCGCUGGGAACUAUUCAACCUAUCAAUUAGCAGUGAUAUCAACCCAUCAGCGGUUCGUUGCUCACCAGCAGGGAUCCGGAUUGAUUUACAACUGUCAGCCCCAAGGUUUUUCCGAUGUGGCUGCAAUAGAUAGUCCAGGGCAUCACUUCUAUCAGAGUGUGACUAACUUGUUCAAGCCUAAAUAUAAAAAGCACGCACACUACUUAUGGUUGACUGCGUGAUACUGGCACGGAGACGGACUUCGGACGUGGACGAGGACGCCGACGACGAGUGGAUUUGGCCUUCGUCGGGCGCGAAACUGUCGAUGGUGGUGACGCGAAAUUGAUUCUAUGAGGAACGCCGAAGCUCCACCAAUUUCGACGGUUGAUUGACAACAGAAAGACCCACGCAACAGUCAUCGCCACUCAUCCACAAUGGGCGAGGAAAGCGUCGAGUGUAACGAGGGCAAGCUGAUCACAAAGAACGGUGGAUACAGUCCCGUCAAGCAGCUGGAAAAUGGCGAUCUGGUUAGGAAUGAUAGCCAGAAAAAGAUAGUCCAAUUCGACAAGGCAACGAAUGGCAACAAUCAUAAUAAUGUGAACACCCGUGCCUCCUACCCCGAAAAAAGCGAUGAAAAACCAAUGCACAAUGGAGUUGCAUCCGCCGGCGGAGAUCACUCUGAAAUUAGGACUGAUGAGGAUCCCGACGAUUAUGAAAUGGUUCCACCCGAUGGUGGAUGGGGCUGGCUCGUGCUGGCUGGCUCAAUGUUAGUUAACAUUCUUGUACCUGGCACAAUUAAAAGCUUUGGCGUACUAUUUGUGGAAUUUCUCGAAGCAUUCCAAGCCUCACCAUCGACCGCCGCAUGGAUUCCUGCAUUGUGUUACUUCUUGUACAGCUCACUGGGUCCCCUGUCCAGCAUACUUUCAGUCAAGUACAGCUACCGUACAGUUACCAUUAUCGGUGGAACGUUUGCAGCCGUUGGAAUGAUCAUUACGUAUUGGGCGACUUCGGUUAGUUUUCUGUACAUAAGUUAUGGAGUACUGGUGGGAACUGGAGCUGGACUCUCAUUUCCUCCAACGGUCUACAUCGUCACAUCGUACUUCGUGAAGCUAAGAGGUUUGGCGAAUGGAUUGUGUAUUUCUGGCAGUGCAUUGGGUUCGAUUAUUUUGCCACCCGUAUUGAGAUAUUUGCUGGUGAACUUUGGAUACAGAGGCGCUUGUUUAAUCAUGGGUGGUAUCACUUUGAAUGUAUGGGUUGCUGCAAUAUUUUACCAACCUGUAGAGAACCAUAUGAAAAGAGUAAAAAAGACCAAAGAUUUAGAAGAAGAGUUAGUUGGUAAUGAUACGAUUAUGGAAGAGUCGGAAACCAACGAUGAUCUAGAAGAGGGUCUGAACAUUGAAAAAUCUACAAUGAAACCAAAGUUUAUGAUCACAGGCGACGACACACCAGUUGCUACGCCGACUCUAGAGCACAAGUCUCCGGACAUUUUCCGUUUCAAUCCCAAGCAUGGACUUAUUGAUAGUUUUGCUAGAAGUGUAUCGGCUGCAGCAGUACCAGCUUCUUACCAUAAAGAAGACCACGGCCAUAGACACCGGAAGAUCAGUACUCCCAUAAAAGAGGAGCAUCGAAACCUUACUUUUACUACUCCUCUAAACGAAUCACAGGGAUCACAUUUCCGAUUGAAUAGACUGAACUCUAUGCGAAGUGGACAUAGACCUCCAAGACGAUCUCCAUCUACCAGCAGCUUCCAAUACAUCAGUACACCAUACCACGGAAGCACUCUAUCUGCUCUACAGCCUAAAGAAUUUGCCUCUCAUCUGUCGCUGAGAUCGAUUGCGGACAGUUUCAAGCCUGCAUCCAAACAUACAGGGGACAAAUCAGACAAAUCUACGGAUGGUCAGAAAUACUUCGACCUAUCAUUGCUUCGAGACCCGUCGUAUCUUGUAAUACUCAUAUCCAACUCAACCAACGCCAUUGGUUACACUAAUUUUAUAAUUUUGUUACCCGCAUACGCAAUCUCAUUAGGAUUCGAUAAAAGUCUCGCAGCCUACCUGUUAUCGAUUGUUUCGACAUUGGAUCUGCUGGGGCGUAUUGGAGGAUCCGCUCUGUCAGAUACAAACCUCAUUCCCAAAACGUGGUACUUUGUCGGCGGUCUCUCGAUUUCAGGGUUGGCUUUGGCCGUUCUUCCGUUAGCAAGCUCGUAUACCAUGGUUAGCGUUUUUUGCGCUCUAUUUGGUUUAGCAUCUGGGACGUAUGUUGGUAUUACUGCAGUUAUAAUGGCAGAUAUGUUGGGAACCGAACGGCUCACAUCAUCCUAUGGUAUCAGCUUGUUUGUUAACGGAAUUCUACAAUUAGUUGGACCUCCAAUUUGUGGGCUUAUAUUCGAACAUAUUGGUGAUUAUCGACCCCUGUUCACUGCACUUGGUUUUAUCCUACUGGUAGGUUCCUCACUAUGGGGAUUUAUGCCUUUUAUACACAGAAAUAAACUUCGCAAACAACAAAAAGCAGCUGAAGCUCAACAAGAUGUAGAGAAAAGUCUUAUAGCUUAAAAUGUAGAAUGAUACUAAAAGGAUCAAUCGGGGAAUCAAAAUUAACUAUUUAAUUCUUCAAGGUAGAUACUGACAAUGAUUACUUAUAAAGAAUAUGGACAACAACCAGAUCAUUCAUUGCAUUGCUCGAACAUGAUUUUACGGGUUGCACUGUUAAAUCAAAUGAACCUGUGGAUUUUACUUUUAAUGAAAUUUUCACGCCCAAAACAAAUUCUGUAUUAAACAUUUACCUAUAUAUGGAUAAAAUCAAAUGUUUAAAUACAAAGAUAUAUAAAAUACUUACAUUUUAUGAAUUACAAUCUAAUGACUUAUCAUACAUUUCUUGCAGAAUUAGUAAGCAUUGUGCUAAAAUUUUGCAGUCGCUGGUUGGAUACAUAUUCAAAUUAUGUUUGCUCCUUUUUGAUUUUACUAGGAACGAUAUAAACUAUCGUUUAGUUUUAUAUCCAAUGGAAGCUGCUUCUGUUGUCUGUUAUCUUUAUAAGUUAUUCAAUACCUACUGAUAAAAUGUGCAGAAAACAAUCUAUACAAGAUUUUAAUCCUCGAUUCUGUAGUACGCGAAUCGAUGAUGAUCGUGAUAUGACAAUUCAAAACUGAUUUCUUUCAUGAUAUGCAGGAAAUUUAAAAACAAAGUAUUUAAGUGCACAUGAGCUACAACCAAACGGUGCAAAACCGUUGCUUACGAUGAAGCGUAAUACGCAAGGUACUAUUAUUAAGCUGGUAGUUGGAACAAAAAAUGAGAAAGGAGAACAAUAUGAGUAUUAUAUUUUUAGGUAUUUUACAAAUUGCGUGAGCUGAAAUCCAAACUGCGUGAGUUGUUUUUUUUUGUGUAUGAAUGAUUAGGUUAGAUAGUGUAAAUCUACCAUAAAACCGUUGAGAUCCCUAUACGAAUGAUCUGGGGAGGGGGAUUUAAUUUGAAACGUAGUUUAAUGAAUCCUCAAGUGAAUGCAUGUUUGAAAUUAAUUUUAUUUGUGUAGUGUUUGAACUCUAGUUCUAAGUCUUAGAAAUUAUGACUACAGGAGAAAGAACCAUUUCAAAUAUUUAUUCUACUUUUACAGUAGUUCUUUCGCUUAAGGGGAAAAUAUCAAGAAUGUCAUAUUCAGAAUAUUAUGUUACUCGAGAGGUAGAAUACAGCAUUUGGAAUGGACAACAAUAAAUGGAAAAUAAAACAAUUAUAA